AUGCUUCUGGGCCUAGAAGAGCCUGAGUUGAUGGCAAGAGCAUUACAACAAUGCAAAGCGUAUUUCUUCGCAGAAGCGCAACCGAGCUGGAUGCAGCUUUGCUUAACCUUUGAGGCAGACUAUGUUCGCGAAGCGUUUCAAGCCGCGGCUAAGAAAGAUUCAAUUGAGAACAAAAUCAUCCUCAGGCUGCCUUUAGAAAAUCAGCGAACGACAUUCCAUAUGUCGCCUUCUGAGACGGGACUUCGAUUCCGCUCUGAUGCUUCUUAUCUGUUGGUGGGAGGCUUAGGAGGAUUAGGUCAAGCUGUAGCGACUUGGAUGGUCGAAAAUGGUGCAAGAGAGUUGAUCUUCCUCUCUCGCAGUGCAGGAAAGCGAUCCGACUCCUCCAAUUUCCUCGAAGAGCUUAGAAGCCAAGGAUGCCUCGUAACGACGGUGGCAGGCAGCGUCUCAAAUUCAAGCGACGUAUCAAAAGCAGUGAAAGUAGCCAAUUCCCCUAUUUCUGGUGUUAUCCAAAUGUCUAUGGUUUUGAGGGAUAAUGCAAUUUCACGAAUGUCAUUCGAGGAGUGGAAAGAGUGCAUUGAUCCCAAGAUUGAAGGAACAAUAAACCUCCACAAGGCGCUCUUGCAUCAUCAUCUCGAUUUCUUCCUUCUGUUCUCAUCCAUGAGUGGCGUCACUGGGCAGAUUGGGCAGGCAAACUACAACGCGGCAAACACUUACCUUGAUGCAUUUGUCAAGUAUAGACACCAGCUUGGACUGAACGCAUCAGUAAUUGACAUUGGUGUGAUGGGAGGCAUAGGCGUGGUCGCUCAGACUGACAACAUGGAACUCAGAGCUAAGGCAGCUGGGUAUCAUGUUCUAGGGGAGCAAGACCUUUUGGACUGCUUGACAACAAGCAUUCUCCAUUCACAACCUAAUUCAGAUCCGACCUCCGACAGAAGCCAAGUCGUUCUUGGACUUUGGUCUGAAAGACCCCUGGCGGAUCCAUCAACACACGUUCUUUGGAAGAAAGACGCCAGAAUGAGUCCGGCUUAUAGUUUUAACAACCAAAGUGGCAGCGCACAAGACCAGCUCGAACAGAACAAUGUUGAAGCUGUCGUUCUUAUUGCCAAGACUGCUCCGGAUCGCUUGAAGGACGAUGCCACAAUCGAACUCAUCGUCAAGCAUGUUGGAAUUGCCAUAUCGGAGUUGCUCGCUCAGCCGGAUACAGAAAUCCUUCCCACAGCUUUGUUGGAUGAUAUUGGACUGGACUCUUUGAAUGCUAUCGAGCUUACCGGCUGGAUCGCUCAGUACUUUUUGGUCGACUUGCCGUUGUUCGACCUCAUUUACACGCCGACUUUAUGGGAUCUAGCAGUCAAGAUUUCCGAUUUAAUGUAUGAUGAAUUCGGGCAGGCAGAUAGUUAA